GAUGAUUCAUACUUUCUCCGCGGGAGAGACACCAUCAGAGAAGGUUGUUGAUUCCGUUAAUUUGGCCGAUAUUGUCUUAAUAUCACUAUCGACAAAGCAUGACUUUUCAAAAUAUUUUAUUAGUAUUUAACAUUGUUUUUGUUUCCGUCGUAUUUUCUGCUGAUAUCGAUUUUAACGUUCAAAAAUGGAAUCCAACACCACACCACUGUCACUCGAUUGUCAGCCAACAAAACAUCAAUCUAUUCAAUCGGACUUUUCGGAAAAACUGCAUCAACUCGUUUGUCAAGCAAAACGGAUCGCUCACGAGCAUCCGGAACGUGCGGAGACUUUAUGCAAGACGCUUUUCGACACUGUUUCGGCAUUUGAUCAAGAUGAUUAUGUUUGUGUGAAGGAUGAGGAAUUGGCUGAGAGACAGUCCAGAUAAUUUUCCUGUAUCAUAUUUUGAAUUAUUCAUAUUCAGAAUAAUUCAUAUUCAGUUCCGAACUCUUUAUUGUCAUCUCAUGAUACUUCUAUCGACCGUAAUUCUAACGUUCACAAUGAAUACCAUGGGGGGAAUUAAUCCUCUCUAUAAAAACUCAAUGACCUUAA